AUGAAAUUAGAUUUUAUAAAGAAGGUGUGGGCAUUCUCCACAUUCCUCUUUAUUUUUAAUUAUUCUCUCUACAUAUUUUUAUUUUUCGUAAGAUUUCCUAUUAGUCCCUUACCUAAUUACAUUAACAUUUUAUCUCUUGUAGUAUCACAUUCAGUAGGUCUUUUUAGAUAUAAAAAUGUUACAAGAACACUACAGGAAUCUAAUUUAUUUUGUAUUGGGUUCUUUUUAACAUUCCCUUCUACUUUCCUUCUUCUUCCAUUUUAUUUACUAGGAAUUUAUAACUUUAUGGGAUUUAUGCUAAGUAACAAAAAAAUAUUUAAUUUUGGUACUUGUAUGUCAAUAAGUUCUUUUCAUGUUGUUGUAGGAAGGACUGCUCUUAUGUCUGAAGUUAUUUUCUUUAUAAUAAUAUUUAUUUUAUUUAUAUUUAGAUUUACUUCUAUAUGGACAUUAUUAAGUUAUGGAAUAAUGAUUAGACAGCAGUAUAUUAAUAAUCCAAAUAUGAAGAGUGUAGUUAAAGAGAUGCAAGUUAAAUGUGACACAUUUAGUAAAUAUUUACCAGAGAAUCUUUAUAAGUAUUAUAAUGAGUGUAUUAGAAUUAAUAAAGGUAAUUAA